AUCAAGAAAAAAAAAACGCUUCUUACUGAACUCGCCCGUUAAUCAGAAAGCAACUAUAGACCCAACCCAAUCAUCACAGUGGCGUAGGACUCCUCAGAGCUCUGAUGUACCGGCCGGGAAUCGAACCUGGACUGUAUGGGUGCCGGUGCGUCUGAAAAAUCAGAACGACACAAUGAGAGCCAUCUGCAAGCGACGUUGCGCAGCGCCGCCUUCCGUUCUACAACGUCGUUUCUCGGGGACGAUUUUGGCGUUUUGUAAUGACCCGGUAUCAUUGUCAUCCUCCUCCCUGGUCGAGGAUUUCACCAGAUAUUGCUAUCAGAGACAACUGCCCGCGGCCAUGAGAGCUAUGGACGCCAUGCAACGCCGUGGAGUUUGGGCUAAUUCGAUUACGUACUCGGAGCUCAUUAAGUGCUGCUUGGCUCGUGGGGCUGUCGAACAGGGUAAGCUCGUCCAUAAACACCUUUUCUCAAAUGGGUAUCAGCCGAAGACCUUUGUACUCAACGUUCUCAUUAGUAUGUAUGUUAAAUUUGGUAUCUUGGAGGAAGCACUGGAAGUGUUCAACUUAAUGCCUGAAAGAAAUGUUGUUUCUUGGACGACGAUGAUUGCAGCUUACUCUAAUGCUAAACUCAAUGUCAGGGCAUUGGAUUUAUUAGUAUUGAUGCUUAGAGAAGGUUUGAGGCCAAAUAUGUUCACCUACUCCUCUGUUCUGAGAGCAUGUUUCGAUUCAUGGAUUCUUAAACAGCUUCAUUCUAGUAUAAUUAAAGUUGGGUUGGAGUCUGAUGUUUUUGUUCGUAGCGCUCUCAUUAAUAUUUACUCAAAAUGGGGUGAACUUCAAAAUGCUUUAGGUGUUUUUAAUGAGAUGGUGACUGGAGACUUGAUUGUUUGGAACGCCAUCAUUGGGGGUUUCUCACAAAACAGCAUCGGGGACGAAGCUUUGAAUCUGUUUAGGAACAUGAAAAUGGCAGGUUUUGUGGCUGACCAAUCCACAUUGACAAGUGUUUUGAGAGCGUGUACAGGAUUAGCGCUUUUGGAAUUGGGUAGACAAGUUCAUGUUCACGUAUUGAAGUUUGACCAUGAUCUAAUUUUGAACAAUGCACUUCUUGAUAUGUAUUGCAAGUGUGGCAGCUUUGAAGACGCAAACAGUCUGUUCCAUAGGAUGAAGGAGAAGGACGUAAUUUCCUGGAGUACUAUGAUUGCAGGGUUAGCUCAAAACGGUUUCAGCCAAAAGGCGUUGAAGUUAUUCGAGACAAUGAAAGUUUCAGGGACUAAACCAAACUACAUUACAAUUCUUGGAGUUUUGUUUGCCUGUAGCCAUGCCGGUCUUGUAGAAGAUGGAUGGUACUAUUUUCGAUCAAUGAAGCAGCUAUUCGGGAUAGAGCCCACAAAGGAGCAUUACGGUUGCAUCAUUGAUCUUCUUGGAAGGGCUGGAAAGCUUGACGAAGCAGUUAAUUUAAUUCAUGAAAUGAAGUGUGAAGCUGAUGCCGUUACAUGGAGAACUUUGCUCGGUGCGUGCAGGGUUCACCGGAAUGUAGACCUAGCCAUGCACGCAGCCAAGCAAAUACUAAAACUGGAUCCUGAAGAUGCUGGAACCUAUAUUCUGCUAUCUAAUAUUUAUGCAAAUUCUCAGAGAUGGACUGAUGUUACCGAAGUUAGAAGGAGCAUGAGAGCCAUAGGAGUCAGGAAAGAGCCAGGAUGUAGCUGGAUUGAAGUUAACAAACAGAUUCACGCUUUCACUAUAGGAGAUAACUCGCAUCCACAGAUGGAUGGCAUUAAUAGGCACCUAAGCCAGUUGAUUCAGAGAUUAAUGGAACUGGGAUAUGUUCCGGACACCAAUUUUGUUUUGCAAGACCUUGAGGGGGAACAAAGUGAAGAUUCACUUCGAUAUCAUAGCGAAAAAUUGGCAAUUGUCUUUGGUUUGAUGACCUUGCCAAAAGAAAAAAUUAUUCGAGUUAGGAAAAACAUCAGGAUCUGCGGAGACUGUCAUGUCUUUGCAAAACUCUUAUCAAAUAUGGAGAAAAGAACUAUUGUGAUACGGGACCCCAUUCGCUACCAUCAUUUUCAAAAUGGCAUGUGUUCUUGUGGGGAUUACUGGUAGAAGAAGAGUCUACAACAUUUUGCUAGCUUAUGGUCAGUGUGUAUAGUGAACAACACAGUUAGAUUGUUGAUUACUGGCAAAGAUACGAUCAUCCCAAAAUAUACAAUUUCAUUAUGCACA